AUGCUUCGCUACAACGACGGCAUCAGCGUCCAGUCGUCUCGCGCCUCGACAACGACGCUUCGCUACAACUUCGGCAGUUGCGCAGCAUCCCGGUUCUGUGUCGCGACUACACCGGCGCCUCGGCUCUACAACGGCAGCAGCGUCCCGGUAGUCUCGUGCUACAACUGUACGACACCGAUGUUCCACCUCAGCGACGGCAGCAGCGUCCGGUCGCCUCGUGCUUCGACGCCGACGCCUUUUUCCCAACGACGGCAGCAGCGUCCUCGUCGUCUCGUGGUUUGA